AUGGCACCACGAAGAUUUCAGGCCGAACAGACAGAUGCGAGCCCAUUGGCCCAGCCGCUCAAAUUUGAGUUUAGCGGCGAGACCGCUAAAAACCGGCUCAUGAAGGCUGCCAUGACUGAACGCCUUUCGACAUGGGAUCCCAAGAUUCUCGAAAAGCGAGGCAUUCCCACACCAGAACUUAUCAACGUUUACCGACGAUGGGGUGAAGGGGACUACGGUGUUAUCCUGACCGGAAAUGUCAUGGUCGAAUAUGACCAUCUCGAGGCUGCCGGAAACCCUAUCGUCCCUCGCGAUGCCCCCAUGUCUGGUGAGCGAUUUGAGGGUUUCAAGGAGAUGGCGACUGUUAGCAAGAAGCAUGGAAGCUUGAUCAUUGCACAGGUCAGUCAUCCUGGACGUCAAGUGGCGGAAGACAUUCAGAAGAAUCCCAUCUCUGCAAGUGACGUACAACUUGAGGGUGAGGUGAUGGGAAUGCACUUUGCCAAGCCCAAGCCCAUGGAUGAGCAGGAUUUCAAGAAUGUCAUUGAAGGGUUUGCCCAUGCUGCCGAGUUUCUUUACAAGGCAGGCUACAACGGCAUGCAAUUACAUGGCGCACAUGGCUAUCUCCUAGCACAAUUUCUUUCUCCUACCACCAACAAGCGAACGGACAAGUAUGGAGGAUCAAUUGAGAACCGCGCUCGUAUUAUCUUCGAGAUCGCAGACGCUAUCCGCGCCCGGGUCCCCGACAAGUCGUUCGGUCUAUCCAUCAAGGUCAACAGCGUCGAGUUCCAAGAGGGCGGGUUCUCCACAGACGACUGCAAGGUUCUUUGCCGCCAGCUCGAGAAUCAUGGCUUCGAUUUUGUCGAGCUCUCUGGAGGAACCUAUCAGAGUCUUGCCUUCGCUCACCGACGAGAGAGCUCCAAGAAGCGAGAAGCUUUCUUCCUUGAGUUUGCCGAGACAAUUAUUCCUGAGCUAAAGAAGACUAAGGCUUACGUAACUGGUGGCCUGAGGACUGUGCAUGCCAUGGUAGAGGCUCUGAAAACUGUUCACGGUAUUGGAUUGGCUCGUCCUACCACGAACGAAUUUGAUCUCCCCGCGAAGCUUAUCAAGGGUGAUGCCAAUGCGGCUAUCGACACUUUGCUUGAUGAGCAGAACUUUGGCAUCACAAAUGUUGCCGCCGGCACACAGAUUCGAUUAGUUGGAAAGAAUAAGCAACCUCUCGACUUAAGCCGUGAAGAUCACAAGAAGGUGUUCGAAGAGUCGAUGCAGAAGUGGGGUGAAGCUAUGGCUAAUAAUGAAGACAAGUCCAAGUUUGGAUAUGUCGAUGUCGAGGGUACCAAGUUGGAGCCUUUUGGCGCUGCAUAUGCAGCAGCUUAA